AUGGCCAAUAUAUACGUAUUUUUUUNUUUUUUUGAGGCCGACGUUGGUCAUGCUUACCAUACACUCAAACGUCAUGGACUUGCUGAUGAGAACAUUAUUGUAAUGAUGUAUGACGACAUAGCCCACAAUAAGCAGAACCCAUAUCCCGGAAAGAUGUUCAACCGACCGCACGGUGACAAUGUGUAUGAAGGAUUGAAGAUUGAUUACAAAGGCUCGUCAGUAACUCCCAAAAACUUUCUCAACAUUCUCAAGGGUAAUGCAAGUGGUGUCGAAGGUGGAAAUGGACGCGUCAUCGAAAGGCAAGUUACGAGUUGGCUACUGAAAAUUUUCGAAAAUUAUUGUUUGAUUACAGUAAUCCGAAUGACAGGAUUUUCGUCUUCUUCACUGAUCACGGAGCUGUGGGAGUUAUUGCGUUCCCAGACGAAAUGCUAUGCAAUGUUACAGUUGACAGUGAAGGAGCUGAACAAGGCCUUAAAUUGGAUGCACUCUAACAACCGCUACGAUCAAUUGGUGUUCUACUUGGAAUCCUGUGAAAGCGGUUCCAUGUUCGAGAAUGUCUUGAAGAGUACCAUAAAUGUAUACGCAAUCACGGCAGCGAACUCCCAUGAAUCUUCAUGGGGGACAUUCUGUGAAAAUGACAUGCGUCUACCCUGCCUCGGUGACCUCUUCUCAGUGAACUGGAUGAAGGAUUCGGAUGAGGAAGAUAUUAACGUCGAGACAAUUGAAGACCAGUAUAAGCUGGUAAAACGUUUGACGAACCUAUCGCAUGUGAUGCAUUUCGGUGAUAUGAAGAUCGGCAAAGAACCAGUUGGCUGGUUCCAAGGCCAACGUAAGGCUCAUAAGAAGAGAAUCGGUUCUGUAGAUGAUGAAUCAUCUCGAACCCUAUCGUGGCCGUCAAGAGAUGUUGAGCUCAUGUACCUGCACCAACUUAAAGACUCCACAAACGACAUCUACGUUGCCAAAGAACUUAGCCGAAGGAUUCGUCAAAUUCAUGAGGAUCGACGGGCCAUUAAAUCUUUGGUUUUGAACAUCAUCGACAGCCUUGUGGGAACUUUGGCUGACAGACGUCGUAUAUUGGAGGAACGGAACACUGUGGAGAAUCUGGAUUGCCAUGAUGAAGUCGUACGAGCGUUCGAUUUGAUCUGUGUUGAUGUAAAUAAGUACGAAUAUGCGCUCAAAUACUUCUAUGUGCUGAACAACUUAUGUAUCGAAAUCGGUGACGCGGAACAAAUUAUGGCGGCAAUGUGGACAGCCUGUUCGAGAAGCCGCUUCCAAUUCUUUUGA